AUGCCACCGAAACGAAAGGCAUCCAACCCUGACCGCGAACUCGGCACAAGUUCCAAGUCAGCAACGAAGAAAGCCAAAGGGAAUAACACUGAGGAAUCUUCAGACACAAGUGGAAAUUUGGCUCCGAACGGCCAGCCGACCAACAAAGUCCUACCAGUCCAUAUCUCCUUUCCACCGCGAGCAGAGGGAGCACUCCGUCUUGCGACAUGGAACAUUUGCGGAUUGUCUACAGCCCAGAAAAAGGGCUUCAAAUACUACAUCGAAGCCGAGGACCCCGAUAUACUCGUGCUCACGGAGACAAAGGUGAACAGCGACCCACAAGAUGGCGCACUAAACUCUCGUUUCAACUAUCGUACUUGGGCAAUUUCGGACAAGAAGUCUUAUUCUGGAACUGCUGCACUCUCCAAGCAUAAACCAAUAUCAGUCAGUACCGACUUGCCUGGGCACCCAGACCCAACCCUCGUCAAGGGGCGUAUAGUUACUUUGGAGUUUGAAGGUUGCUACGUAUUAGCUACCUACGUGACCAAUGCAGGCCAGGGGCUAAAGACUCUAUCGGACAAAAAUACGUGGAACCGACAUUUCACUACGUAUAUCCGAGCUUUAGAUAAAAAGAAGCCGGUAAUUUGGAUGGGUGAUUUGAACGUGGCGCCGACGGCGCAAGAUCUCACCAAUCCCAAACCGAAUUGGAAUAAGACGCCCGGUUAUACAAAGGACGAAACAGAGGCAUUCAAGAAUAUUCUCGAUCCCCCCGAGCCCGAGGAAACAUCUGGCAAGUUCAUUGACAUCUGGCGACAGAGACACCCAGAUGAUCACCAUUAUACCUACUUUUCCUACCGUUUCAACUGUCGCGCGAAAGGUAUCGGAUGGAGGUUGGACAUGUUCGUCGUAAGCGAACGCAUAGCGGAGAAGGUGAAAGUGUGCGAGAUUCGGAGCGAGAUUUACGGUGCUUCCGAUCAUGUCCCUGUCAUUAUGGAGAUCGAGAGCGACGUGAUAACGGGUAUGUCCUAA